AUGUUCAGCGAACAGCUGCCCCGCGCAGCUUUUCUCUUGUCGUUAUCGUUGCUAUGUCUUUCUUCAGUCAGCGACGGGCUACGAGUCACCAAUGGCUCACCAUGUACGAGCGUCUGUAACAAAAGCUCGACGAAUACCACUCUCAAUGAGAUUGUCUGCCUCGACCAGCAGUUCAACACCACUUCUGUUGGGGAAGCUUUCAAAGACUGUAUCGAAUGCGAAUUGGCAAGUACUUAUGCGGAUGAUGAAUCCGGCGAAACAGACGUCUCAUGGGGUCUAUACAAUCUCCGUUAUGCGUUCUCGACCUGUGUCUUCGGCUACCCUGGUUCAGUAACAAACGUAUCGACGCCGUGUAUAGUCUCAUGCCAGGGUCUCUCUUCAGCGAUCGAACUCGAUCUGACGUCGCCGGACAGCACCACUUUUGAUGCUUUCUGUGGGGUCACCACCUUUGGAGAUAAUACGGUGGAUCAAUGCGAAUUCUGUUACGGGCUAACCGACAAUCAAAUUCUUAUGGCCAACUUCAUCGAGUCGGUACGGUAUGGUUGCCGGUUCAGGACAGUGUCUGGAACCGCAUUCGCGAUCAAUCCAACCAGAAUCUUUAACGAAUCGGUUCUUCCAUCAGCAACAGCGCCAAUAACGACUUCAACCGCAUCGUCGUCUCACACUAUCAAGAAUUUAACUCUCGUCAUCGUCCUCCCUAUCGUCGGGUUCCUUAUACUCCUCUGCUUGACAUGUAUAUCCUGCUUCUUUCUCAUCCGUCACCGUCGGAAGAAGGCCAAAGCUCGAGGUCAAUCGCAACAUUUGCACGCGCGAUGGAACGACACGACGAUCAGUACGCCUGGCCAGCGGCGCAGCUGGAAUGAGCCAACACCCUAUCCGAAUAUGCGCACUUCGCCUGGUUAUGGUCCUGGAUUCGGGUUCGCUGAUUAUAACGGCCAACGGCAAGAUGUCGGGUUCUCUGCCAAAGACGGGAGUGUUCAGUAUGCAUCACCGGUCUCACCAGCUCUUUCGGUACCUUCUCAGCUCUAUCACUACGGAGCCAAUCAUCCCAUGUCUUCGGAAGCGACAUAUUUCCCGCCUCCAAUGAACCACCAUCAGGAACAGCCCACGUCUCUCUGA